GCUUGAUGGGAGAUUCGAAGGCACUCUAACCAAACAAAGUUACAAAACCAAAGCAAACUGGUUUGGCGCCAAUUUCAUACCCUCUCUCUCCCCUAUAAAAAAAACUCCUUCCAAUUCAAAUCACAAAACCCUAGAAAUGGUGCUUCUCCAAAACAAAUCCUCCUCCCGCAAGCGAUCCAACCCCAAUCCACUCGUCCCUCCCUCACCUCAACCCCCCAAGCUCCCCAAAAACCACCACAACCAACAACCACCGCCUCCUCAAACCCUAACCCCAAUCGACAAGAUGGCCUCCGUCUUAGCCGAAGCCGGAUGCACUCUAAUCAAUCCUCUUGGACCUCCCUGUCUCCCUUCGGAUACUCAUAAGUUCCGGAACCACCUACAUCGAUUGUUCUCCGAUGAGCCACCUGUUCGGUCUGAUUUUUUGGCUGGUUUUGCUUCUUAUGUUGCCUCUAGUGAUAAUCUCCGUCGGAUUUUACUACCGACCAGUGGUGGGAGCUGUGGUUUGGGAAGAACAGAGAGCCUUGUUCGAGUGCUCUUGUUGGUGCCUUGUAUCCAGUUAGAUAUUCAAACUAUUUUACUAGAGAAGAUGCCGGAGUACUUUGAUGCUGAGCCUGUGGGUGGUCAUGGACCAUGCUCUUUGCGACUUGACGAGGAUAUUGCGAGGCUGAUACUAAACCAAUUUCGAUGGCUUGACUUCCUUGUAGACUCUGAGGCGUUUACUAAUAAGCUUCUGGAGGUCUUAUCCAUUUGUCCUCUUUAUUUGAAGAGGGAGAUUAUUGGGUCAUUGCCUGAGCUUAUUGGUGAGCAGAACAAUGAGAGUAUCAUUAACUCACUUGAGCAGAUGCUGCAAAAUGAUCCGAAUGCUAUAAUCGUGCCUGUUCUUGACACUAUUUCCAAUUUUAACUUAAAUGAUUUCCUGCAAGACAAGGUGACUACAUUAGCUUUGUCAUAUCUCCGAACAAUUGAUGCAGAGCACAUGCCAUACCUGCUGAAAUUUCUACUGCUCUCAGCGACGCCAAUGAAUAUUCAGAGAAUAAUCUCCAAAAUCCGUGAACAGUUGAAAAACUUUGGAGUAUCUAAUAUAAGUAUGACACAGCACAAUAAGCUUAAAGGAAAAUCUGUUGCAGAUAAUGUGGAUGGAUCGAUCCUUGAUGCUUUGAGGUCAAGUCUUCGCUUUAAGAAUAUGCUAUGCCAAGAGAUUUUGAAAGAACUAAAAGGCCUUAAUACAUCUCGGGAUCAUAAGCUGAUUGACAUAUGGUUGCUUAUGCUUAUAUAUAUGAAUGGAGAUACAAUGCAAAAGAGUGUUGAAAAGAUGAUCAAGUGUAAAAUAGUUGAGGGAUAUAUUCAGGAAAUUAUGUUUGUACAAUGCAUUCGUGGAAAUAAGCGAUUGGUGCAGGACUUUUUUGCCUCAUUCCUAUCUCUGUCCGAGUUCUUAUUGGCAUGUAAAGAACCAAAAGCAAGAGAAGUUGCUGUUCACAUGUAUAACUGUCUAUUUGAAGUGUUUGCUGACACUUAUUCGAGACAGGAAGUUCUAGGUGCGAUAGUUACCCACAUGGGCUCUGGCAGCAGUUUUGAAGUGGAUUCUGCUUUAGAUGUCAUGAUUCUGCUGGCAUCUAAGUAUUCACAGGAAAUGUUACCGCUCUCUUCUUAUAUAAGUGGUGUUCUGGAUUACUUGGAGGGUUUUGAUGUUCAAAGUCUGCAUAAGGUCUACGAAAUUUUCUGCCUUCUUUCUAUGUCUGCUCGAUCUAGAACGGAGAGAUUUGCAUCUUCAAUUGCAAAUGAACUUUUGAUGAUCAUACGGAAACAGGUCGGUAAUCCAGAUUUGAAGUACAAAAAGAUGGGCAUAAUUGGAACUAUGAAGAUGGUCUCUUUUCUUGCGGAUGUGAAUAUUUCACCAAACCUAUCCUCAUCCCAGAAGUCAAGCAACGAAGAAGCAUUGGAACUUUUAAAAGUAUCUCUGGACUCUUGCAAACAGUUGCCAUUACCAUCAAUAAUUUUUUAUGAUGAACUGAUAGCCAUACUGAACAAGAAACAUCUUCACCCAGAGAUCAUGGAAUGGAUUGGUAAGCAUGUGGGAGAAUUUGAAUCAAGAUUCUUAUUUGAUCUUGAAGAUGGAAAAUUGUCUAAUAAAGAAUCAUACUUUGACUUGGAAGGGGAGCUAUGGAUGAACUUAGACGGUGACAUAUCUCCUAUAUGUCUGAAUAUUUUUCCUUUGGUUGCCACUUCUAUGAAAUCUGCUUCGCCAUUACAAAUUCUGCCUGCUCACUUUAUUCUGCUAUCCACGAUAGAGAGGUUGGCUAAUCAAGGGUCCCUUGCUGGAAUCGAUGCUCUACUUGGAUGUCCUUUACACUUUCCUUCCUCAAAGCUCUUUCUGGGAUCUACAUGGAAAUCACUGUCUGAUAAGCAGAAACAAGUUUUGUCCCUUUGUUUAUAUUAUGCUGUCAACUGGAUGCGAGAGCUGAUUAAUGCUUUCUGUACCCAAGUUGCUGGAAGAUUGGAUUGCAUAAGUCAGGCGACGGAGAAGGAAAUUAUUGACAAACUUUUGAAGCGCUUGAGAGAUCUCGUCUAUCUGGAGAGCUUGUUGAACACUUCUCUCAAAAACUACCCUGUAACUUUACCAGAGCUGUAUCCUCAUGGCCAGCCUGCCUCGUCACACUUUCUAGGACGGCCUAGUUCUAAACUAAUUGCUGGAAAGACUACUGAGCAUAAUCCAACAGACGAAAAUACCUCUCAGAAUAACAAGAGAAAAUACCGAAAGAGCUCGAAGCUGGCAACAAAUUCAGAUACCAAUGCAAAAAGCAGGCAGCCUACCAUUAUAGAUGUAUUUAAGAAAGCAGGUGUCGUACCUAGCGUGUCAAAUGAGAAUUCAUCUGGAACGCCUGUUAUGGGAACUACGUCUGAGUCCAGUGAACAAGUCAAUACUUUUGAGUCGGAGAAUAUAGAGGUCUCGGCUUCUACCAAGUGCUUAGAAAUUUACAGAUGCAAAUUCAGGCCUCUUUUGGUUGAGUGCUUUUCUAUGUUGUCAUUUUCUCAGAAUCUGGGUUCUUGUUGUGCUGAUCCUUUUGCUGAGUUACCUUUACACCUUUACCUCCUACGCGACCUUAAUUACAAGCUGGAGUACUUUAGUCCCACUAGCAAGCACAAAAUAUCAGUCAGAUGCUCAAGUAGUCCACCUGGUUUGGAAGGGAUGACGGUGAUUGAAUUCUUAAGAAAUAUCUGUUCACUCUUUCCCACUAUUAGGAGACAUUUUAAUUGUGCAAUCUGUGUGCUUAAAGAAGUACUUGCAGGUGACGAAACUUGUCAAGAACACUGGAAGGUUCAUUCUGUUUUGGCUGGGAUUCCAGAUAUCAGCAACAUGGUGAUUUCAAAGUCAUCAGUCUCCACCUCUGUGUUAGUUGAGAUACUUCGUUGCUAUAAUAAGAUGUUAAACCUUCCGGAUAUUUUGACCGAAAAAAAGCUCCUUUCGGAUCUGCUAGAGAGCCUCCAGCCCCUUAAAGUCUCGGAAUGCUAUUUCUCAGGAAUGAACAUAAUCCCUUUAGCAGGAAGCAUAGAUUACUUAUAUAUUGGUGCUUAUUCCUUCUUGGAAGAGGCUUUGGAUGUUGCUUGUACGUUCUCAUUUAUGAUGGCUACAGAAGUGUUACUUACUAUGAACUCAGUACUUAACUCCAUCCAGAAGUACCUGACUAAGUCACUGGAGGAAGCUGGUAAAGGAAUAUAUGCGGAAACUACACAGGGGCUCUUUUCUGCUUUACGCAUCAAACUGGGGAAAACAGCUCAAAAAGUCCUGAGGCAUGAGUGGGAUAGUGAUACUGAUGAAGAUUGGAGAAGAAAAAGUGAAUUGGUACAGAGGACAGUGCACAUAUACUUGGAAAAUUGUGAGUCCACUUCUGAUUUACUCAACGAGCUUGCUCAGUCUAUACUGCCUAAGGUGUCAUCAAGCAAGACAGCCAGCAAAGAUGAUUCUCAUGGUUUUCCAACUUUGUGUGCUGCUACGUUUGUCGUGUGGUAUAGAGAGCUGCACGAAGAGAAUAUUUCCAUCCUUAACAAAUUGGUUAAGGAAGUUGUUUUAGUACAGAAAUCACGAGUUAAGAUCCCAGAAGAAGCAAGUGAAAAGCUUCUAACUAAGUUACGGCAAUCUGUGGAUGUCGUUGUAUCCUUAAUCAACUUGUGCAGGACACAUAACAAGGUGACUGUACAUGCUUUGGCUAUCAAGUAUGGUGGAAAGUUUAUUGAAUCUUUUCUCAAAGUUUUUGAUUUUUUAAAGACCCAAUUUGACAAGUAUAAGGAGUGUAUUGUUGAACUAGUCAUAGCUCUACAGAAAGCAACAAGAACCAUACAGACCCUUUGUUCUGAAGCAAAGAGCCUGAAACAAACAGUAAUAGCCAGCAAAAUUCCAGCUACAAAGAGAUCGUUAGAACGAUUCUUGUUCCAAGUAAAGGCCCUCAUCCACAGUGCAUCAAGUGGAUGCAUAUUCCACAUGGGAAAUCUUAGACAUAAAGAUCUGUCAGGUCAGAUUGUAAGUUCGCAAUAUGUUGAUCAAGAUGAAGAUAUUGAUAAAGAUUUUGUAGACACUGUUCCAGAUGACCGACAAGAUGGAACUGUUUCUGGUGAGGAAGAUGGUGAAACAGAAUGAGAAUUAUAUAUACAACCAGUCCAAGCUACAUGAGAUAAGCCGAGUGAACAAUAUAAAAUAUAUUGGUGGCUGCCAUCAGCCGACUAUGUUUGUACCUGAACUCUUCAUUAAGUCAUCUGUUAGUACUUGCAAUACCAUCAACUAUCAAGUGAAGAGCCUAAGGUAAGGAUGUAUAAAAAUUAGGUGAAGCCAGUAAUUUAUCGAAGCACACAGUUUGUCACCAUGGCUUUGUGCCAUACAUGAGAGACAUACAUGGUGAUUGGGCCACAUCGGUAGAAACAAAAAUGGAGCGCAAAUUUGUGGAUUUUUUUGACAAUUAUUAUUGAUGGUGAAUUUGCAUUGUACUUUGUCAAUUGUAUUAUAUCCGAACCAUAAACAAGACUCAAAAUUUGAUGAAGUGCAGUGUUGUAAUUCCUAUCAGAUUUUUGUAGCAAAAUAUUGAACUCAAACAUUGUUGUAUACUCUUAUGAUACAUUAGCAUUGCAAGAUUA